AUGCGCUCUCUGACCGUGAUCACCACUGUGCUCUUCCUGGCACAGCAAUCCUCGGCAGCGCCUCUGCGCGCGUCCCCCCUACCUGCCUCUUACGUGGCCGAUAGCGGCGCCGUCACCUCAGGUAAAUCGGCAGCUCAGCCCGUCUCCGACGCUGUUCGACCGCUCGAGGCCGCCCAGCCACCGUGCAACAUCGGACGCACCGAUGUGGCCAACCCCGAUAAUAUGUUCAACGGACUUCAUGACGGCAAGGUUCAACCCCCGCACGCGUUGCCCCGGUCCCAGUAUGCCCAGCUGCUCCAACAAUGUAUCUCAAACCCAAACUCCAACCACGCCGCUGAUGUGCGAGAUCAGGCGAGCGUCAUUGCGUUAAGAGGCGCCCCUAACCCAAAGAACACACCGAUGAAACGGGCGGACACAGGCUAUGCUCCGUACGCUAGCUAUCCGGGAUAUGAUGCCUCGGGCGUUAUCACCGCCCCAGGCGGCUCGACGUUUUCGGACGGCGGCUCCACGGACGGCACUAAUGCUGACAGUUCCAGUGGUUAUGUCUCGAUGGAGGGCUACGAUGCCUAUGCAGGGUCCGAGGGGUACAGUCCAUACACAACAGCGGACAGCGUAUCGCCUAGCGCCUCCAACCCUUCCACUGGCUCGGACAUCCAAGGGACCACAGGCGCUCCUGCUGGUACCGGGGAGAACGAGGCAGACGGUGUGACGCCCGCUCCUGCUGGCAACGGAGAAAGGCCUUCCGGCAACAACUCUGGCAACACUAUCCAGACUGCCAACAGCAAGUCUGCUGCGACAGGUGCAUCGGGCGCGAAUAAUGGCGUCAAUGCCGACGGCUCCUCUGCUUCAGAUUCGAGCCCGAGUUCCGGCGUCUCUGUCACUGCAACCUCUGGAAAUGGGGAAGGGACUUCCGACAAUGGGUCGGACGGCACGCUUGAGGACGUGAACAACGAGUCUGCUGCGACAGCUAGCUCGGGCACGGACAACGGCGCCAACAGCGACGACUCCUCUGCCGCCAACAGCGACGACUCCUCUGCCGCCAACUCGAACGCGACCUCUGGCGUCUCUGCGACGAUAUCCUCCGAUUCCAACCAGCCACUUGACAAUGGCAACGGUUCCGCUGCAAACAACGGCGACUCCGGUCCUGACUCUGGCACGCAUCACGGUGUCAUUGCUACGAAUGGGGACGGUACCUCGGGGGAUGGUAAUGACUCUGCCGCGGACUCUGCUGCCAACGGCGACAAUUCCUUGGAGGCUUCGGCGAGCGAAGACGGUGACGACGACUCCGAGGCGGCUCUGAACGUCACAAACGGCGGUGAUACCUCAGACAACGGUGACAACAGCGACGACAACGGCGACGACUCCUCUGGUCUGACAGCCACGGGAGACGUGGCUGUCCCCUCUGUGUCUUCUGACACUGGCGAUACUUCUGCGACUUCUGGCGACUCGGACACUGUGAACGAUGGGUCGAGCGGCGACGACGCGGCGACGCCCGCUUCGUCUGGUGGCACCUCGACCGACGGUGUGAUUGCCACAGGUAGCGUGGAUGGUCCUGUUGCGUCUUCUGACGACGACACUUCUGGGAUAGCCAGCGAUGUGCCCGACGACGUUGACGCGACGGCAACCGCCUCGUCUGACGACUCCUCCGCCGAUGGAACGACGACCGACACAGGCUCCACGGGAUCUAGCGCAACCUCUAGCACAGGCGAUGCUUCAGUCAGCUACGAGGGAUACUCAGCGAACGGCUUUGAACGGUUCUCAGGUUUGCACUCGGGUGCUUCUACCAAAAGUCCUGGCAGCACCACCGGGACUUCUAGCGGCGACUCGAAUGUUUACGAUGCGGUCGAGUCCAUUGGCAGCGGGGCAGGAGACCAGAGCGACAACACAGCCAGCACGUCCACCCACUCAAACGCUAUCUGCAUCGGCUUGAUCUGCCUCGACGUCGGCCUUGGGGACGACUUGUCGGAGAGUGAGGCAGUGGCGACCGUGCCUGCUCUGGGUAUUACCUCAUCGUCGGACAAGUGCGACUCGAACGGCGAUGUGAACCUCUGUGUGAACCUGGGCUCGUGA